AUGGAGCCUUUCAACCUCGAUAUCUCAUUGGACUACGGAGAGGAGGAUUUUGACUUUGGAAGUCAGCUGUCCAGUGCUUCAUCCACUCGAAGCUUUUCGACCACUCCUUCCUGCGCACCCAUUACACCACACUCCGGUCGCUCCACACCUCAGCAACACAAGACAUCUACGGGCUUCGGUCCAGUACGAGAAAAUGGGCCUACCACAACACCAACAUCCUCGUCCAUGGAUGAUUACUUGAUAACAGAGGUGAAGGCAGAGAUUCUGGCCUGGGAAGCAUACCCACCAACGCCGUCUAAAUAUCCUACGGACUCACCAUACAAUAUGGAUAUCGAACAUGCAACAGUAAUGCAUUCCAGCCUUCCUCAGUAUGGCAAUGCUAUGGACUUCAACAACCAUAAUAUGUUAGAACAAUAUCCCUUCUCGGAUAAUCUGACGUCUCCUUUCAAUGUACCACCUCCUCCUUACUCGCUACACAACCCAACCUGGGACAAUUCUUCCCUUUGGACUAACCCGUCCGAAAACUCUCUGGGGUUCUUGGAUAAACCCGAUUCUCCAGCUUUGGUGCCAGUGCUAAGCGAUGUAUCUCUCCAAGACCGAAGCAUACGUCGCCCACCGCCGUAUCUGUCUAAUACCAUGAGAAGGCACCUGCCAAUGGAGAAUGCGCAGCGGAAAUCAAGCGUAUUACACCGCGUUCAGAACGGAGAAGUGUCCCGAAGAGGCAAAUUCCAGCCUGGCUUCAUCGCCUCGAUACCUUCAGCGCAACACCGAUGUCAGAUGCCUGAAUGUGCAUUAAAGGAUGCGGGAAAGAAAGGUUACAAACGAGCCGAGCAUUUGAAACGUCACUUUAGAUCAAAACACAGCCAUGGAGAGGAUGACGAGAUAUGCAAGUUCUGUGGUCACAACUUCUCCACUAGAAAGGACAAUUAUAAGUCGCAUUUGUACCUGCACACCAAACAUGAGCGUUCAAGCACGUCGAGGACGCUCUAUCAUCCAGACGCAGUACUGGAGUACGCUGAGAUAAUGUCACAAACAAAACGACGAAACACAGCCAAGAAAAACACGAAAUGA